CUGCACGUCAGCACCCUUGGGGAGGGUACUGCUGCUUAAAAUGCAGUGAAUGUGACGGCCGAAAGUCCAGACUGCAUGGGAAAGGUGACGGGAGGAGGCGUGUUGCAAUCAGCGAAGAAAAUGUGAACAAAACAACGCGCCCGCAGACAAGACACUGACACCGGGAGGUGAAGGCGCACGCAAGAGACGGAACACUCUUCAGUGAUCUGGAUCCAUUUCCCCAAAAACGUUGAAGACAAUAUAACACACACGAGACGAGAAAGCAACGCAGAGUGUGGAGCGCGUACCUUUACCCUUUUGGGGAGAAAGAUGACCGUUGUGUCUGGAGAAAACCUGGACGAGACUGUGGCACUGGCACCCUUGCCCCACGAUGUCUAUGACCCGGAGCGCGCUGACCAGGAAUGCUGUGAGAGAGUGGUCAUCAACAUCUCCGGUCUGCGCUUUGAGACUCAGCUGAAAACCCUCGCGCAGUUUCCUGCCACCUUGCUAGGGGACCCCAGGAAAAGAAUGCGUUUCUUUGAUCCUCUGCGAAAUGAAUACUUUUUUGACAGAAAUCGACCAAGCUUUGAUGCCAUCCUGUAUUAUUACCAGUCUGGAGGGCGACUUCGGCGACCUGUUAAUGUGCCCGUUGACAUAUUCUUGGAGGAAAUUAAAUUUUACGAAUUGGGGGAGGAAAUUAUCGAAAAUUUUAAGGACGACGAAGGUUUUAUAAAAGAGGAGGAGCGCCCCUUGCCAGACAAUGAAUUCCAGCGUCAGGUGUGGCUUUUGUUCGAGUACCCUGAGAGCUCCGGACCUGCCAGGGCAAUCGCAAUAGUUUCAGUUGUGGUCAUUUUGAUAUCGAUUGUUGUCUUCUGCUUGGAGACUUUGCCGGAGUUCAGGGAAGAGCACCGGUUUCCCGACGACCGCCUUGCUCUGAAUGGGACCGUUGGUAUGAGGAAGCCGAAUCCGUUCACAGACCCGUUCUUCAUUGUGGAGACACUGUGUAUCGUGUGGUUUUCAUUUGAACUUCUGGUGAGGUUUCUCGCAUGCCCCAGCAAGGCUGCCUUCUUUAAAAACAUCAUGAACACUAUCGACAUAGUGGCAAUUAUACCCUACUUCAUCACACUGGGCUUGGAGUUGGCCGAGCAUCAAGGAAACGGCCAGCAAGCAAUGUCUUUGGCUAUAUUGAGAGUCAUCCGUUUGGUACGAGUAUUUAGAAUUUUCAAGCUCUCCAGGCACUCCAAGGGUCUCCAGAUCUUGGGAAAGACCCUCCAAGCCAGUAUGAGGGAACUCGGUCUCCUGAUCUUCUUCCUUUUUAUUGGUGUAAUCCUGUUUUCCAGUGCCGUCUACUUCGCCGAGACUGACGACCCGGAGUCGGGCUUCAGUAGUAUACCGGACGCGUUCUGGUGGGCGGUGGUAUCCAUGACUACCGUGGGAUACGGGGACAUGUGCCCGGUCACCAUCGGUGGCAAAAUCGUUGGCUCCCUGUGCGCCAUUGCCGGCGUGCUGACCAUCGCACUACCGGUUCCUGUCAUAGUCUCGAAUUUCAACUAUUUCUACCACAGGGAAACGGAGCACGAGGAGCAGCUGGAGUACACCCAUGUAACAUGUGGUCAGCAGCAGUCGUCGUUUGCGGAAUUGAAAAAAAGUGACAGCAAACCGUCACUGACAAAAUCAGACUAUACAGACGCUGACGAUUUCGACGUAAUGAAAUACGCCAACUGUAGUCCACACAAAGUGUACACUGGCAAACUGACCGAUGUAUGAGUGUAACCAGACUACACAUAGAGUGACCACAUCCAUAUUUGGCACCAAUGUUUAAAUACAAGCAGCCAGUUAUUCCCAGGAUUCCGUGUGAAAUAAUGGUUUGUUUGACAGAAAAAAAAGGAUAAUGGAGACGUGGUCUUACACCCCCUUUUAUUUUAUGCGCUCAUUUAAUUAAGCGCACGAGGUCAACAUUACACGGACUUAUUAGCUAUUGGAAAAAAAAAAAUCUUUAAUCCUUUGCGCCCUUCUUAUCAAAGCACUUUAUUAAAAGAGUAUUAGGAGUGAAAAGGUUAAUCCUCAUAGAUUGGUUACUAAGAAGGUUAGAGUUUGCUUGUUUGGUGCAAAUCAAGAAAACAGGACCAAUUAAACGUAAGUCAGCAAUGCAAUGCUUCUGCAUGCGUACGCGCAGUGUAGUUUAUACUACAAUGUCAGCUGAACAUUCGUUAGCUGAGACUAGCGGAGCUGGACACGUUCCUAAAACGAUGUCACUGUGGUUCACAGCCACCACACCAUAGCCGUGCUAGUCGUGCCAGUCGAGAAGCGCGUCUCGCCAGCACAAGAAGCCGUCGCGCCGAACGUGAAGCGCAGCAAGCACGCACGAAGCUUUAUGCCCUCAAUAUUUAAGCCUCAUUGUUGGCUACUGUGCUGUCAUUGGUAUUGAUUCUAAGCACUUUUGAUAGUUAUGUUCCAGUCGAUCGUGACUUUGUGUAAUCUAAAUAAUAACUGUAAACUGAUGCUCUUAACAUUCGUUGCUUGGGAAUUUAAUUUCUGUAAUGCUCAAAGGCAGCUAUCCGCUAAUUAGCCAUUUUAGGCACCA